CAGCAGCUAUUCAAGGUGCGGCUUCACAGGACAGGUAGGCUAUCUGAGUUGGGGAAUCAGCAACGGCGCUUUACUGCAUUUUAACUAACAUUUAAAAAAUAUAAUACAUAUUUCAAAACUACGUUUUUGAUUAUUUAAGACGUUGGAGGAUUACGAAAACCGAACUCAUUUGGAAAAGCAUUAGACCUGACCUGCUGCUUUCAGAUAUCGUUUAACUUUUAAGUUCAUUGCGAGAAGAUGGCAAAUAAAGGACUGCAGCUUUUGGGAUUUACUCUAUCGCUUCUGGGGUUGAUUGGGCUCAUCGUUGGCACAAUCUUACCCCAAUGGAAGAUGUCUGCCUACGUUGGAGAUAAUAUUAUCACAGCGAUAGCGAUGUAUCAAGGUCUUUGGAUGUCGUGCGCUUUCCAGAGCACCGGACAAAUGCAGUGCAAGGUGUACGACUCCAUCCUCCAACUCGAUAGUUCUCUCCAGGCAACUCGUGCCCUGAUGAUCGUCGGGAUCCUUCUCACAGUAGCAGGACUGGGUGUGGCCAGCAUGGGCAUGAAGUGCACUAACUGUGGUGGUGAUGACAAGGUCAAAAAGUCCCGCAUUGCCAUGACCGGCGGUAUAGUCCUCAUUGUUGGAGCCCUCUGUAGCAUUGUCGCCUGCGGCUGGUUUACAAAUCAAAUCGUCCGGGACUUCUAUAACCCCUUCACACCAGUCAACACAAAGUAUGAGUUCGGUGCAGCCAUUUUCAUUGCCUGGGCAGGUGCGUUCCUGGACAUAAUGGGUGGAGGCAUGUUGGCUGCCUCCUGCCCAAAGGGUAAACCAUCUCCCAAGUACCCCAAGUCCUCCAGACCCCCCAGCAGCAGCAAGGAGUACGUUUGAGCCAUGGCAGCAGUUCACAAGCUGGAGAAGAUCAUAAUGAAUAACAGAGCAUCUGUAGAAGUUUCCCUAGUCAGCUGAUCUCAGAUCUUUUUAGAUUUUAAUUUCUUGUAUUGUGUUUGACUUAGAAUAGAACAGACAGCUAAGAUCAGUGGCCUUGGGAAAAUUUUACUCGUGCUCCGAUACAGCAGCCCACUUCAGAAAAAGAGGUCACUUAUGUUUUCUUUCUUUUGAUAAGCACCAAGUCUGUUUUUUCCUAUUAUAAAUCAUGUUACUGAUGUGAGUUUGGAAAGAGGGGGAUCUUCCCCAGUAUGUUCCUCCUUUUAUAAGACUGCCAUGUUUAGGGAACUUUAAAGAGAGAGGCAUGCUCAGGGAAAAAUCAUCACUCAUACCGCUCAUUAACACAUCUCUAUUCUAAAGCCAUGUCCUGACCUCAUCUGACUUUUUUGCUUUGUGUUUCACUUUAUGCUAUGUUGUCUGACACUGAGGUGCAUGAAAAGAACAAUUUAAAUUUCUUUAUAAUUUUUUUAAGAGCCAAGACCAACAUACAAAUUUCUGGUUCACUUUGCUGCAUAAUUUCAGGCCGGUGACGGUGACGGUGACAUACCAGACCUUCUCUUUUCAAACAAUACUUCACUUUAUACAAAUGAUCUGAGGGAAGUUUCACUCAUUGCUAUUGAAAGACAGUUUUUGAAAGGAAGUAGUAAAGUACUGAACUACUCAAAGAGAACUAUAAUGUUACCGAGUGGUAUGUUGAUGGAAUUAGAUUGAAAUUGCUGGCAUGCUUUACACAGCUAGAUUGAAACUAGGUGGAUAAACAAAAGCUUUUUUUGUGGUGAGGCUAAAGAUAAAGAAACUAAAGCACUAAAUUUAUCAGUGAAGCCUGUUUUUUUGUUGUUGUUUCUUUUUUUUUGGGGGGAGGGGGGUGUAAAUCAAAGGAAUGGCUCUUAUUUAAGCAAAGUUAAACCAUUUUUUUUUUUUUUUGCUUCAGCUCCUCAGUGUCCUUCCUGUUAUUAAGAUAAUGUUACAAAAUCUUUUGGCACUCCUUUCUUGCUUUAUACACCAUUUUUUGGUCAGGAGAAAAGGUUGUAGAUAUUUGCUGAGUCCAAGACCAAGAAUUACAUGUCUCUUUUUAUCCACAUGUACAUGAGUAUGUGACAUGCAAAAUCUGGUUCUCUAUGGCUGUUGUUCUUUCUUUCUUUGGUCUUCGUGCUUAGACCACUUGAGGUGGGUUGCCCUCAAGUCUAUUUAGGAUAGUCGAUAUUAUAUGUGUAACCAGCUUAUGCAAAUAUUUAACUUUUUGAAACGUUUAUGACCGUUUGGUUUGCAUUAUAAAAAAUUAUGUAAAUAAAUUUUUUAAAACAA